AUGUUAUCCCGAAUAAUUCCUAACAAAUCCAUACUAUCCUCCAUGGUAUGCCAACAAAUUCGAAACAAACAAACGAUAUCCAUGGUUGGUGAAGUCAAUCUAUCUUCUCGAAGAGUUAUGCGUAAGAUCAAAUUAGGCAAAGCACGUCCAGCUAUAAUGUACCAGUUUGACACAUUAGUUGAACUUAGCGAUGGUUCAGUAAUUAAACGUCGAUCCCAAGCUCCCAAGGAUGAAAUCAGAAUGAUUAAUGAUCAAAGAAAUAGUUUGAAAUGGAAUCCACAUAGAGCCGACUUAGAUACUUCUGAUUUAACAGCAACCGGUAAAAUUGGUAAGUUUAGAAGUAAAUAUGCUGGAUUUAGUGGUGAAGAAGAAACUCAAGACAAGAAGGAAACUAAGGGUAAGGAUGCUGAGAAGGAGUUGUCUUUGGAGGAGGAAGAGACAUUGAAGGCUAAAGAAAAAGAGUUGAGCAAGGCAAGAGAUCAAGAAUUAUUUGAUUUGAUGGGUGAAAACGCCGAAGAAAUUGUCGGUGGUGGUAAAUUGUAUGACAAGAAGGCUGACAAGAAGAGGUUCAAAUAA